AUCUGAAAAGGCAAUGUGGGUGUGGUUACAGCUCAAAUGAGUUGCACAACCUUUCACUGGAUUAGAAUAGCGCUUAGUGCAACACACAGGUCUAAACUUUGUGUAUUAUUGUUCUUCUCGCGCCAGGUUUCGAGAGCACGAGAGAACCCCACACUCCUCACGAUUUUCCUUUAAAAAAGUAGUACUGAUAUGCUUCGCUGAGUUCUUUGAUAAUCUCAUUUUCAUGGAAAGUAUGGCAUCUGGCGGUAGAUCAGAAACUGCCGGGGAAGAGGAGGGGCAGAUUCCUCUCGACAUUGAUAACGUUCAUCUGCUUCUACAAGUUGAACAGGAGCAAAUCCAGAAGAGGACCUUUACCAACUGGAUAAAUGCACAGCUAGUAAAGCACAGACCCCCCACAGUUGUUCUGGACUUGUUCACAGAUGUCAGGGAUGGAAACAGGCUUCUGGAUUUACUGGAGGUGAUAUCUGGACAGCCAAUGAGUCGUGAGAGGGGGAGAAGCAUUUUCCAGUGCAGAGCCAAUAUUGAAACCGCCUUGACAUUUCUGAGGAGGAAAUCAAUAAAACUUGUCAACAUUAACAUUCCUGACAUAAUUGAAGGCAAACCAUCUAUUGUUCUUGGCCUGAUAUGGACAAUCAUUUUGCAUUUUCAUAUCGAAGAGCUUGCCAACUCUCUGGCAUUCAGUUCCAGGCAGUCCUCCAUGGAGUCUUUGGCCAGUAUAGAUUCCUGUUCUACCAUUGACAGCUCAUCAUCAAGAAGGAGUGGCACCCUACACACCAAGUUCAAGCUGUCUGCAAAGAAGGCUCUCCUCCUAUGGGCUAGGGAGCAAUGUCAGAAGGCCGGUGCUAACAUCAGCAUUAAAGACUUUAAGUCCAGCUGGAGAAGUGGCUUAGCGUUUCUGGCCAUCCUUAAUUCCCUGAGGCCAAAUUUGGUGGACCUGCAGAAAACAAAGAGCAGAACAAACCGAGAAAACCUGGAAGAGGCGUUCCGAACUGCAGAGCAUGAGCUAAAGAUACCAAGACUUCUGGAACCAGAAGAUGUGGACAUCAAUGACCCUGAUGAUAAAUCCAUCAUGACUUAUGUGGCACAGUUCCUGCAGUAUUCUAAAGAUUUGCCCGUGUCCGAAGAAGAAAUGCAGCAGCUCUAUGUCACUUCUCCUCAAACUCCUUCUCCUGUCAGACUGUCACCUCGCCUGACACAGGCAAUCUCCUCCCCUAACCUCCAAAAGGCACACCUGCUUCUGCCUCCAUCUUUCAUGUAUUCUCACGUAAAGACUGAAAUUUCCCCAUUUCCACCAGCAAGGGGAAAUCUAAACCAGAAAGUCAAAGGAGUCAUGUCCUGGCUUACACAAGCAGAGCAGGAGCUGGAGGGGUCCAUUGGAGAAGCAGAUAAGGAAAGCUAUGAAGAGAAAUUCCAUGCAUUUCAAACUUUUGUUACAACAUUUAAUGAGCAGAAAAGACCCAUUAUGCCUUUGCUGACAGCCAUGAGGAAAACCACACAACUGACUGAGGAUCAGGUUCGAUUGAAAGAAGCUUGGAAUAAAGUCACGUCUAAGAUCAGGGAAUAUAAAGUUGCUCUGGACCUUGAUUUGCCUUCCCCCCUGGAUGGUGUGGGAGUCUGGCUUCAGAAGAUAGAACCUGUCUUGGGGGAGGAGAUAGCCGAGUCCCAGGACCAUGAAGAGGUUGCAGGCCGAAUCCGGGACACACUUCAUCUGCUAAAGUCUUUGAUGGAAGAAAUGGAUGUUCACUGGCAAACCCUUCAGAAAUUCCCAAAUAAAGAUGAAAAUGGAGCCACUCGAGUACCACAAGAGAAAAUAGACGAAUUGAAAAGAAGGUUUACUAGUGCGAGGGUCACAGCCAAGUACCAUGGGAUUAAACUGGAAUACCAGGAAUCAAAGCACUCUGUGCAGGCUUUGAUAUGUGCAGUGAACAGCAAAUUAAAUACGUGGAAAAAAAAAUAUGGGACUAAAGAAUCUGUAAAGCUGCUUCAACUGGACUGGCAUGAUUUCGUAGAGAAGCAGAGCUUUGUUACCUGCCUGGAGGCUGCCACUGAAAAGCUGAAGUUAGUUGCCAGCAAUUACACAAGCAGGACUGCUUUAGCUGCCGACUCUCAGUAUAUCAACAAGUUCCUGAAGCAAGUGGACUGCGACUCCUCUGUUUCUCUGGCGUCCAUCAGGAAUGUGAAAGCCAUUUUAGCUCGAGUUGUUUCUGGCUGGGACACCUACACAGAGAACUAUAAUUUGCUUCAGCAGUGGCUAAAGGAUGCACAGGCCCAAACACAAAUACACACAGCAGAGGUCAUGUCAGACUGGAGCACAAGACACGGUCGCUUGAAUGAAGCUGGUAACUUUUUAAUGGAGGUCACCAAUGAGCAAACCAGUUCUCAACUCUCUGAAGAACUGAAGAAACUAAACAGACAAUGGGCCGACUUCAUAAAGAGAACUACAUUUGAGAUCAUUCCCCAACCCUGUGAAAGCCCAAGGAAGACUGAUAAUACCGCAGCCAUCAAUAUCAUGAUAGACGAAGCAACACAGAUCCUGCAUGAGCGCGUCGAUAUAUCAGCAAGCUCUCUCAGGACCUAUAUUAAGAGGCUAGAGGACUUGAAAAGAAAAAUAGAGGAGGUGGAUUUGGAUUUCAUCCUUCAGUCCCCAGAAAAAUCACCUGUAGAGUUUCCACCUGUGAAGAAUGUAAAAGACACUCUUUCAGAGAUUGCAGAUAAGUGUUCUGGAGUUCAACAAGACUGCCAGCUCUUACUCAGCCAUGUGGUCACCCUGGAGAGCAGCUUAGCUUUACUGGAACUGUGGGAAUCGGAAGCAGGAAACAUUUUCAAUAGUCUGAACAUGAAGCAAAAGGGACAAGAAAUCGACAAGAAAUCUUUACAACUCUUAAUCACCAGAGGCAAGGAGUUGGAGAGACAAGUUGCAACAGCCCAGGAGAUUGUGCUCAUUGUAGCAGAAAACAUUGCAAAGAACAGGUCCCUUCAUCACCUCCAAGCGUCUGGCCUACAGUCAAGAGUGAACGCAGUGAAAGACACUCGCCAGGUGACAAUGACAAAUUUAAACUCUGCCAUGCAAACAAAGGAAGCAAGCUCCUCCUCGGAAGCUGACAUCAAGAUAAGGUUUGAAAGUUCAAAACAGAAACUCCAGGCCUACAUCACGGAUGCUCUGGCACUUCUCAGUGAGAAGCACACCUCUGAAGAAAGAGUGGCAAAACACGAGGAAACCCUAACAAGAUCUGAAACAAACAUCCUGGAAGAGUUUCUGGAAGCAACUGAGCAAAUAAAACAAAUCACUCCCUCAAAUCAACAGCAAGAAGUAGAAAAAAUAAGCAAAUAUCUUCGGGAACAGUGGGAGGCUAUUCACGUAGAAAUCCCACUCUAUUUACAUCUGAUGAAAUUUGAGGUUGAAAAAGGAAAAUGUAAUGGAGCUGUUUCACAGUGCGAGAUGCAAAUUAACAAAGAAAUCAAGCUUAUUAAUUCAGCCUGCAUAGCCGGUCUUAUUAAAGAACACCAGGCUUGCUUUUCCCCUGAGGGCAGUCUGGGUCAGGCCGAUGAUCAUUUACAGGCUAUGAAGGGGAUCUGUGAAAAACUGACCGCUGACAGCAGCUACAGUCUCACCAAAACCCAGCUUACUAAAUGUGAGCAGCGAAAAGAAGAAAUCGAACAGAGAGCAAGACAUGUAUAUGAGAAUCUACUAACUCGUCACAAUGAACAACAGUCUUCUGAAAAGAGACAAUCUUCAGGACAUGCUGAACUCAAGGUAGCUGAUGUUGACAGCCCUGUAGAAGCUGUUUCUUCAGUUUCAUCUAAAGUGCUGCUUACCACUACUCAGGUAACGGUGAGGGUUGCAAAUAUCCCAGUGGUGCAACAAGCUGUAAAACUGAAUGUUGAGGAAACUGUACCGGCCGUUCAAGACAAACAGGACUUGACUGAGACUGAGGUUUUGAAGAGCUAUAGAGAGUCAAAGAGUGUCUUCGAGGUGCAACUGAAGAAGAACAGAGAACUCAUUCUCUCUGAAUUUCCUGAAGAUAUGGUGGAUACGUCAGUCCUGCGCAUCAAGUGUCAAGAAUUACAGGCAGCUCAAGAGGAGACUGAAACUUUUUGGUUUGAGUUUGAAAUUCAGUCUUCACAGCUUAAAGGAAACAUGAGGGAACCUGAAACCAGGAAAAGAAUAAACCACGAGUGGAGAGAACUCAAGCCAAGCCUCCAAGCCAGACUGAAGUCCAUGGAAACUACAGUAGGAAUCCUUGUUCCUGUGGAGAUUCAAGUUACUCAGCUUUCUGAUUUACUAGACCAGUACCAAAAGAAGCCCAAGACUUUGAAGCGGUUUACAGUGACUGGUGCUGACUCAGUUCAAAAGGAUAUAAAGGAACUUCAAGAACGUAUCCAGCGCCACAUAGUAAACAGCAGUGUUUUAGAGAAACCAGGGAGCCCCUCUGUUGCAGGAUUAGACUCCAGAGACCAACUGGCAAUCCAUAAGAUUGUUCUUGUCUGCAAAAAGAAACUACAAAAGAUGAUCUACAGCAUACAUGACAGCGAAGUGGUCAUGAAAACCCUGGAAGCCUUUUUAGCGUCACUGAGAACGGCUGAAAAUGAUAUUGAUCGUUUACCAGCUGCUCCAUCUGCGGAUGUGGAUGCCUUGCGUAAAAGCAAAAUAAAGUUAGAAGUGAUCCAGAAAGAUAUCAACUUCAUGAGGGACAAAGGUGUCCACAUAGAUGAGCUGCUGAACAAGGCUGAGAUCUGCCUGCAGGAGGCUGAAUCCAGUAAAGCAAUGACCUGUCAACAAAUGAUUGCAGUACUUUCCCAGAAACUAGAGGACACAAAAGAGUUUAUAAUGAAACGCGAACAAAGUCUUCAACAAGAAGAAGUGCUCCGGCCAAUCCUUGUUAGAAAGGAGGACCUGAUAAAAACUCUACGGGAUGUACAACAGAAAACCGACAGUGAGGGACUGAAGGAACCGACAUUACCUGCACUUCAGCAAAGGUUGAGGUCCUUAAAAGAACUAAGGAACAAUCUGGGUUCCUUUGAAGGAGAACUGCUAAAACUCAGAGAAACAGCCAAUCAGCUUGUACUGAUGUCAAGUGAGGAAAAAACCAAGCAUCUUGUGGACUUGGAUACCCUUUGGGAGGAAACAGAGAGAUCAGUAACUGAGGGAUUGAAAUCCAUGGAAACUGCUGUUGGAUUCCUUGUCCCAUUGGAUAAUGAAGUCGCUCAGCUUUCUGAUUCACUAGACCAGUUCAAAAAGAGGCCCAAGACUUUGAAGCGGUUUACAAUGCCUGGUGCUGCCUCUGUGCAAAAGGAUUUAAAGGAACUUCAGAGACGCAUACAGCGCAACAUCAGAAACAGCAGUGCGUUUGAGAAACUAGAGAGCCCGGCUGCUGUGGGAUUGGACCCCAGAGAUCAACAAGCUAUCCAAAGCACUGUGCUUGUCUGUAAAAAUAAACUGGAAGAGAUGGACCACAGCAUGCAUGACAGUGAGGUGGCCAUGAAAACCCUGGAAGCCUUUUUAGCGUCACUGAGAACGGCUGAAAAUGAUAUUGAUUGUUUACAAGCUGCUCCAUCUUCUGAUGUGGUUUCUAUACGCAAAAGCAAAGUAGAGUUAGAAGCGAUCCAGCAAGAUAUAAACUCCAUGAGGGACAAAGCCGUCCACAUAGAUGAGCUGCUGAACAAGGCUGAGAUCUGCCUGCAGGAGGCUGAAUCCAGUAAAGGAAUGACCUGCCAGCAAAUGAUUGCAGUACUUUCCCAGAAACUAGAGGACACAAAAGAGUUUAUAAUGAAACGCGAACAAAGUCUUCAACAAGAAGAAGUGCUCCGGCCAAUCCUUGUUAGAAAGGAGGAUCUGAUAAAAAAUCUACGGGAGGUACAACAGAAAACCGACAGUGAGGGACUGAAGGAACCAACAUUACCUGCACUUCAGCAAAGGUUGAGGUCCUUAAAAGAACUAAGGAACAAUCUGGGUUCCUUUGAAGGAGAACUGCUAAAACUCAAAGAAACAGCCAAUCAGCUUGUACUGAUGUCAAGUGAGGAAAAAGCCAAACAUCUUGUGGACUUGGAGACCCUGUGGGAGGAAACAGAGAGAUCAGUAACUGACAGAUUGAAAUCCAUGGAAACUGCUGUUGGAUUCCUUGUCCCAUUGGAUAAUGAAGUCGCUCAGCUUUCUGAUUCACUAGACCAGUUCAAAAAGAGGCCCAAGACUUUGAAGCGGUUUACAAUGCCUGGUGCUGCCUCUGUGCAAAAGGAUUUAAAGGAACUUCAGAGACGCAUACAGCGCAACAUCAGAAACAGCAGUGCGUUUGAGAAACUAGAGAGCCCGGCUGCUGUGGGAUUGGACCCCAGAGAUCAACAAGCUAUCCAAAGCACUGUGCUUGUCUGUAAAAAUAAACUGGAAGAGAUGGACCACAGCAUGCAUGACAGUGAGGUGGCCAUGAAAACCCUGGAAGCCUUUUUAGCGUCACUGAGAACGGCUGAAAAUGAUAUUGAUCGUUUACAAGCUGCUGCAUCUUCUGAUGUGGUUUCUAUACGCAAAAGCAAAGUAGAGUUAGAAGCGAUCCAGCAAGAUAUAAACUCUAUGAGGGACAAAGCCGUCCACAUAGAUGAGCUGCUGAACAAGGCUGAGAUCUGCCUGCAGGAGGCUGAAACCAGUAAAGGAAUGACCUGCCAGCAAAUGAUUGCAGUACUUUCCCAGAAACUAGAGGACACAAAAGAGUUUAUAAUGAAACAUGAACAAAGUCUUCAACAAGAAGAAGUGCUCCGGCCAAUCCUUGUUAGAAAGGCGGAUCUGAUAAAAAAUCUACGGGAGGUACAACAGAAAACCGACAGUGAGGGACUGAAGGAACCAACAUUACCUGCACUUCAGCAAAGGUUGAGGUCCUUUAAAGAACUAAGGAACAAUCUCGGUUCCUUUGAAGGAGAACUGCUAAAACUCAGAGAAACAGCCAAUCAGCUUGUACUGAUGUCAAGUGAGGAAAAAGCCAAACAUCUUGUGGACUUGGAGACCCUGUGGGAGGAAACAGAGAGAUCAGUAACUGACAGAUUGAAAUCCAUGGAAACUGCUGUUGGAUUCCUUGUCCCAUUGGAUAAUGAAGUCGCUCAGCUUUCUGAUUCACUAGACCAGUUCAAAAAGAGGCCCAAGACUUUGAAGCAGUUUACAAUGCCUGGUGCUGCCUCUGUGCAAAAGGAUUUAAAGGAACUUCAGAGACGCAUACAGCGCAACAUCAGAAACAGCAGUGCGUUUGAGAAACUAGAGAGCCCGGCUGCUGUGGGAUUGGACCCCAGAGAUCAACAAGCUAUCCAAAGCACUGUGCUUGUCUGUAAAAAUAAACUGGAAGAGAUGGACCACAGCAUGCAUGACAGUGAGGUGGCCAUGAAAACCCUGGAAGCCUUUUUAGCGUCACUGAGAACGGCUGGAAAUGAUAUUGAUCGUUUACAAGCUGCUCCAUCUUCUGAUGUGGUUUCUAUACGCAAAAGCAAAGUAAAGUUAGAAGUGAUCCAGCAAGAUAUAAACUCCAUGAGGGACAAAGCCGUCCACAUAGAUGAGCUGCUGAACAAGGCUGAGAUCUGCCUGCAGGAGGCUGAAUCCAGUAAAGGAAUGACCUGCCAGCAAAUGAUUGCAGUACUUUCCCAGAAACUAGAGGACACAAAAGAGUUUAUAAUGAAACGCGAACAAAGUCUUCAACAAGAAGAAGUGCUCCGGCCAAUCCUUGUUAGAAAGGCGGAUCUGAUAAAAAAUCUACGGGAGGUACAACAGAAAACCGACAGUGAGGGACUGAAGGAACCAACAUUACUUGCACUUCAGCAAAGGUUGAGGUCCUUAAAAGAACUAAGGAACAAUCUGGGUUCCUUUGAAGGAGAACUGCUAAAACUCAGAGAAACAGCCAAUCAGCUUGUACUGAUGUCAAGUGAGGAAAAAGCCAAACAUCUUGUGGACUUGGAGACCCUGUGGGAGGAAACAGAGAGAUCAGUAACUGACAGAUUGAAAUCCAUGGAUACUGCUGUUGGAUUCCUUGUCCCAUUGGAUAAUGAAGUCGCUCAGCUUUCUGAUUCACUAGACCAGUUCAAAAAGAGGCCCAAGACUUUGAAGCGGUUUACAAUGCCUGGUGCUGCCUCUGUGCAAAAGGAUUUAAAGGAACUUCUGGAAAGUACUCAGUGCUACAUCAGAAACAACAGUGCCUUUGAGAAAACAGGGAGCCCAGCUGUUGCUGGCUUGGACCCCAGAGACCAACAAACGAUCCAAAGCAUUGUGCUUGUCUGUAAAAAUAAACUGGAAGAGAUAGACCACAGCGUGCAUGACAGUGAGGUGGCCAUGAAAACCCUGGAAGCCUUUUUAGCGUCGCUGAGAACGGCUGAAAAUGAUAUUGAUCGUUUACAAGCUGCUGCAUCUUCUGAUGUGGUUUCUAUACGCAAAAGCAAAGUAGAGUUAGAAGCGAUCCAGCAAGAUAUAAACUCCAUGAGGGACAAAGCCGUCCACAUGGAUGAGCUGCUGAACAAGGCUGAGAUCUGCCUGCAGGAAGCUGAAUCCAGUAAAGGAAUGACCUGUCAGCAAAUGAUUGUAGUACUUUCCCAGAAACUAGAGGACACAAAAGAGUUUAUAAUGAAACACGAACAAAAUCUUCAACAAGAAGUUCUCCGGUCAAUCCUUGUGAAAAAGAAUGCCCUGAUGACACGUCUACAGGAGGUUCAAGAGAAAGCAGACAGUGUGGGACUGAUGGAACCAACAUUGCCUGCACUUCACAAAAGGUUGAGGAUCUUAGAAGAACUAGAGAACCAGAUGCGCUCCUGUGAAGGAGACCUGCAAAGACUAAGAGAAAGAGCCAAUCAGAUCCCUCCGACAUCACGUGAGGAGGAAACUAUGAGCCUUGUGGACCUGGAUACCCUGUGGGAGGAAACAGAACGAACAGUAACCGAAGGGCAAGAACAAUGCAGUGUGUUGAUGGGACUGCUGAAGAAAUUUCAAGGCUACCGAAGUGAUCUAUCCAACACUUUGCAGAGAGCAGAAACCACCAUUUCAGAGCAGGCUUCUUACAUGGGAAAGGACAACUUGCACCGACUCAUAGAGAAGGUCGGCACAAUGAAGGAGGAGCUGAGUGGCUCUUCUGACCACAUUGAUGAAAUCCGAACCGUCUGCAGACAGCUGCAGUCACAGCUGAAGAAAAUCCAGAGCUGUAAAGACACUGCAUUUGAGAGCGAGGCAGACUCUCUCGUCGACCGGUGGUUAGAUGUGACUGAGAAGACUGACGUCUAUCUGGAUAAUAUAAAAUGUGGUCUGACACUGUGGGAGAAGCUCAUUAGUUUAGCCAGUGACAUUGAAGAAUGGACAACGAUCAAGCUGGGGGCAUUUUCAGAGCAUCAUCGCUUCAGAAACCAACAGGAGAUCACAGAUUUGGAGGAUGAAAUACAGGCUCAGGAGAGGAAUAUUGAGCGUUUUCACUGUAGAGCUGCUGAGAUACAAGAGCUUCUGCAAAGCAAAGAAUCUCCUUUGGAGCUACAGGUCAUCGAAACCCAGCUGAAGAAGAGGAUGGAGCACGUUAAAGAACUCUAUGAAGACAGCAGUGAAGUGUUUCAAGAGUUCACUGCUGUCAAGAAGCACAUUGCAGACAGACUCAUCCAGUCCCAUUGCUGUCUACAGGCUAUCCAAGAGUCUGUACACAGCCUUGCUGUUUCUGACCAUCCAAACAUUUUUGAUCGAUUAAAGCACAUCAACGAGGACCUCCUGAAUCAGACAGAACAGGUGGAUUCUCUUCUGGUAGAGAUUAACCUCCUGGCCAGCGUGGCCAAUCCACAAGACCUGGAAGAAUUGAACAGGAAUGGAGCAAAACUAACAGAAAACCUUCAAAGUGUCCAAGAGUUGCUCCUUGAAAAGGUCCACUCCACUGAGGACCAUUUCAUCCACCAGCUAAGUGAUGAGGUUAAAGUGAAUGAAGACUGGCUUCAGGAUAUUCAGCUGUCAGUGAAUGAAUGUUUUGAAUAUCCUGAGCAAAGGCAGGAUGUUGAAGCUUCUCUCCAUAAACUAAAUGAUUUCCUGAUGUCCGAAGAUGGAGAGAAGAAAAUCCAUAACAUUAAAAAGCGCUUCAGUGAAAUAAGAACCCAUCUGCCUGUGAAACAUGUGAACCAGAUCAGUGGCUGGCUGCAGGACCAGGAGGCAGAGCUCAAGACAUUUACAUCACACUGCCAGCAGAAACACAGGGAUCUCCAGGACUGCCUAGAAUCACUCAAUAAGCUGCAAGAAGAGUACACGCUUCUUGAUCGGUGGUUGCAGAGCAAGGUACAGAAAUCCCUUCCGGCUGAAGGACUGGAGCAGUUCUAUCAGGAAAUUGUAAAAGAAAGGGAAAAGUUUGAUGGCCUAAGCAGCAUAGUUGAUUCCUUAAGGAAGCAAGGGCUCACCUAUGACCAAGCUGUCAAAGAAUCUUCAAAACUGAUCGAAAGGUAUCAGAAUCUGCUGGUGCAAGUCGCCGCGGAAACAGAAGCACAAGAGGCUCUUUCCAAAGAUCUGGAGGCUUUUGAUUCUCUCAGAGACGGCACACUCGCUUGGAUAAUGGGUUUAAAAGAAAGCAUUGACACUGUGCGAUCAACAGAGGGCAGCAAAAGCAUGAUCGAAGAAAGAAUACAGCGCACAGAGGAAAUCCUUCAGCGUAAACCUGAAGGGGAUUUGAAAAUACAACUCUUGAACGAUGCAGGCACUAAACUGGCAGAAAAGAUGCGCCUUGACAAUAGGAGAAGGCCUGAGACCAAGCAGACAAUAGUUGAGAUCACAGGACAGUGGAAUAGUGCUUUACAAUCUGCAGAAGAGCAUUGCAGCCACUUAAAGGAAAUUCUAGGUCGAUGGAACAGUUACUUGGAAGCCAAAGAAAAAGUUCAGUUAAAAAUAAGUGAAAUCUCGCAACAGAAAUUAGACCUUUCUGUGGAGUUCGUGUGGCCGGACCUGACAGGGAAAUAUGAAUCACUGGAGAAGUGCAGGAUGUUGCUACAAGAAGCCCACAGCAUAUUAACAGCAUUUGAUAUGCUAAAAGUGCAAAAGGAUGCCCUUUUUCACCUUACUCAUGAUGUGAAUUUUAAUGAAGCAUCUUGGGUUGAAAUGUUAAACCCUAAUUACUGUCUCCUGAAGGAUUUAAAGGGUUUGGUUCAUACAUUGGAAGAUAGCAUUGAGAGGCACCAUCACUAUCAGAAGUUACUCAAGGAGUUCCAUACCACUCAAGACUCAUUUAGUGAAGAAAUCCCAUCUCUCAGAGCUACUCCUAAAGAAAGACCAGCAUUGGAAAAGACCCUUGAUAGAUUAAAGGGUAUGCUGAAUCCCAUCUCCCGUCAAGAAGAAGUAAUAAGAGACGUAACAGCUCUGGGUGAUUCCCUGAAGAAAAAUACCACUCGGUCCGGGCAGACAGCGAUCACACAGGAGAUUCAGAGCCUUCAGAGCCAGCACCAAGACACGAGAAGGGCAAUAGUGCAGAUGGAGGAGCACUGUGAAGGUUUGCUGAAUGAAAUCCUCCUGUCCGAGAAGGAGUUUACCAGAAGAGUACAACGGAUGAAGCAAGAUGCUGGUGAACUAGAGGAGGAGUUGAGUGUGCUUUCCCAAACACUGAGUCCGAUACAGGAAAACUCCAGCUUGGAUGAGCUAGCAGAACAUUGGCGGGUGAACAUGGGCACAAAGAACACUUUGGAUCGACUUGAAAGCAGAGUGGAAAAUCUUAAAGCUGACCAACAGUUUUGCACAUCUCAGCAAAUGCUUCCAGAAGCAACUGUGGCUGCCGCUGAAGUAAUCCAAAAGUAUUACAGCUUAUUGUCGCAAACCUCAGAUGGGUUGCACAGUAGUAAAGUGACCCUAGAAAAUCGUUUCUUCAAGCCUUUACAAGCUUUACAGCAGUGGACACUUACAGUCAAGUCAGCAUUGUGUGUUCAGACCCACCUGUCUCCAGACUCUGCCCUUGCCACAAGUACCAUUCAGGAUCUUCUCAACCACCGUGAAAUGCUAAAGAAAGAACUGAAGGAUGUUCUGCCAUAUCAAGAGCUCCUGAUGGAUGCUGUAGGACAGGAGCAGAGUGAGAAGCUGGCAACAGAAAUAUCAAACACAUUACAAGAGGAGAAUCAAUAUACCAGCACUCUCUGUCAAGAACUACAGGCUCUUGAGGAUAAAAAGAGACACGAAGAGGAAAGCAGAUAUCAGCUGUCUGAUACAUUAGCUAGAGAAACUGGAAUUGAAAAGGAAACACCUCAGCCUGAACUCCCAGAGGAACAUCAACAGAUUCAAACACCUCCGACAAUUCAGGAUCAAAAGAAACACGAAGAAAAAGGCAACUAUCAACUGAUUGACUGUCCAGAUGAAGAAGUUGGAGCAGAAGUGGAACAAACCCUUCAACCAGACCUCCUGGAGCAACAGAUUCAGACAUCUGAGACCCAUCAGGAUAUUCUGGUUCCGCCUGGUGAAGGUCAAAAGAAGCUAAUAGAGGUGAGGUCAGUCGAGCAGCUACAGAUAGACACUGGGGGGCUGGAAAUGUCUUCCUCCAUUGCCAGCCAUGGAACCUUUGGGGAAACAAAGAGGUAUGAAGAUAAAAACAAUUGGGAAGAGGCUGCUGGUUCUGCUACAGUAACUGAACUCAACCAGGAACAAACACCACUGCCUGACCUCCCAGUGGAACAGAAACUGAUUCAAACACGUCAGGCUCCUCAGGAUCAAAAUAAACUUGGAGAAGAGGCUAAUCGUCAACAGACUGACAGUUCAACAACAGGAACUAGACAACAGAAGGAGCCAACAUCUCAACCUAGUCUUCCAGAACAACAGAGGCAUAGAGCUGAGACGCAUCAGGAACUGGAGUACAGUUCUUCUGAAGGACUUUCUGCACAGAGCAAGGGCCCACAGUUCACAGAAUUAGAGCUGGAUUCGGAACACGUUCCUGCUGCUGAUAGCAGGAGUACUCAAGUCCUUCAACAGCAAGAUGGUAAUCUGAAUGAAAUGCAAACCUCCUCCAAAGAUUUUCAGCUGGGGACUGAAACUGCCUCCCAAUUGCACAGACCUGCUGAGUGCAUGGACAUUGAAGGAGACAAAUUGAAGAAGGCUUUGACAAGAUAUGCUGCUUUAAAAACAAAACUGGAGACAGAACUUAUUGAAGCCUCCCAAAGGGUCAGUUACCUUAAAUUUCAAGCUGCUGAACUAAAUAUAGAAGCAAUGAACAAACAGCUGAAUGAAACAGAGGAAGUUUCCAGGGACUUUGAACAGAAGCAAGCUGCGGCUUUGAAGCAGAUGGAAGAUGCUGAAGUCAGUGAACUCAGGACAGUAACCCAAACUGAUGUUGAACACAUUCAGGCGCAGUGGAAUAAACAUGUACAAGACCUAUCCUCUCUAAAACAAUCCAAAGAAAGCCAGCUGUCUCUGAUUAAAGAAUAUCAUUGUAGCGCUGAUACUGUCAAACACUUAUUUGAAAAACUAUCUGCUGAGCUGGAAACCUUGGAACAGGGUCCUGUGGAAAGUUGUUCAUUACAUGCAGAAACAGUUCAGAAAAUUCUAUCCACCAUCGAGCAAGAAAAAGUUAUCUUGAAAGAACUGGGUGAGAAGCAAGAGCAAAUAUCCCAUCACUUGAAUGAAACUGAGAAAAAAGCUCUACAAUUUCAGCUGGAACACUGGGAUCAGAAGGGGAACCAGAUGGCAUCAGCAGCAGAAAGGACACUCAAUGUGGUGUCCAAAGAGGUUGAGGAGUACAGAUGCCUUCUGUUAGAGUCACAAGAGCUGCAGAAGCAGGUUGAUAACCUGCAGCUUUCACUUACUGAUCUGAAGGGAUCGCCACCUGAGGAAGAAAUCAACAAGAGGAAAAGCUGGAUGAUCCUAAGUGCUGACCUAACGGCUGCUCAACACAAUUUCACCCAUCUAAAGAGAAGCUCACAGAUAUUGAUUCAGCACAUGCUAGGGCAAAGGGAGAAGGACACCUUGGAAAAUUCAGUCCACCAGUUGCAAGCCCGGUUAGACCUCAUGCAAGAACAAGCUUCGGCACACAGCGAGGAGGAGGAGGAGGACACCAGCAGCGCCACCACCAUCGGCAAAGUUAUGAAGGUGAUAAAGGAGGCUUUCAUGUGGGUAAAGAAGGCCGAUGGUGACAUCACAGCGAAUAACAGAAUAGCGCUGUUUCCGGAAGACGUCAGUGUUCAGAUAAAGAAUCUCAAGGAAUUGCAGUCCGAAAUAAUAGCCAAGCAGUCCACAAUGGACUCCUUUGUUUCGGAGGUGAAGGUAUUGAUGUCAGGGUUGGAUGAGAAAGAUGUUCCUAAAGUGUCUUAUUUGCUGCAAACAUUGAGUGAUUUGCAUAAGUCAGCUGCUCAGAAAUCAACCCAAAAACUACAUGAACUGGAGUCUGCCUUGCAGGCUCGAGAGAGGUUAUUUGAAAAAAUUGCUUCCAUUAAUACCUGGUUGGAAGCACAUACCGAAAAAGAACACAUUAAAGAAAAUGAUAGUGAAAGCAAUACUUUAGAGCUUGAGCAUCAAGUCAAAGAGAGUAAUGACAUUUUACAUGAGUCCAAAGAACAGGAGAUGCUUCUGGAAUCUCUUUUGAUGAACAGCAAGGAGAUAUCUGCAGAGAUUAACAUUUCUGAAAACUAUUACUUGAGCGACAGAUUAAAAUGCCUUCAGAACAAUAUCAAAAGAGUUAUUACUUCUCAAAAAAAGAGAUGUUGGAAUGUAGAAGAAAUGUUAAAUACACGUAAAAAUACAGAAGGGAAAUUGGAAUCACUGGCGUGUAAUCUGAAAGAGACAAUGUCAUACAUGAACAUAGAUGGGAUUUUAUUAAGUAAGGAUGCUGUUUCCACUAGAAAUGCCUUAAAACUUAAAAUAUUAGAACAUAAGUCUCAACUUGAUCAGUUAUGUAGCUGUGAAUAUUUCGAAAAAGAAAAGCUGAGCGAACUACAGUCUCUGCUUGCUGAUGCAGAGAAGAAAAUGAAAAAGUUGAAUUCAAGUGUUCAGGAAUAUGAGCAGUAUCAGACUGUUUUGCAAAACAUUGAGCAUCUCAAAGAACGUGCAGAGAAAGAAAUCCUGCACAUUAAAGAAGCGCCUGGUUUUAAAAUCGACAAACUUAAAAGAUGUCAGGUUCUUCUCCUUGAUCUCCAGCAAUGGAUGUUGUUAUGUCAACAGUCUGGUGACACUUUAAACAAGAUCUCCCCAACUUUGGAUCCAACAUUGUUGGACUCUGAGGAACAGAGAAUCCAAUAUUUAGUAGAGGAGUGUAACAAGUGGAACCAGGCUCUCCAGAAGGAGUCUCUUGACCUUGAGAAACAACUUUUAGAGGAACAAGACUUCCAAACAGUACAGGAAAACACUUUGGACUUCUUAAGGGAAGCAAGGCAUGAGCUUGCAUCUUCAUGCUUGAGCUUGGAUCAAGAAGUAAUUGAAAGGAAACUUCAAGAGUGCAAAGCCCUUCAAAACUACAUGCAAGUACGCAUGCGUAUCCUCAAGUCUCUAGAGCACAAAGAACUUGAAUCUCUGAAGAAGGCAGCCUCAGAUUCACCUGGUACCACGGAGAAGAAGUGUAAUGAAAUGGAAGACAUGGAGAGACAGGUUAAGGAUGACUGUGCCUCACGUAUGGAUAUUUUGAUUAAAGCGAAGGAAGCAGCCAGAGAGUAUGAUGAAGCCGUUAGAAGUGCUGCUGGUUUCCUCUGCCAGUCUGAAGCCAGCCUCCUGCCCAGACCAAUCAACGUGAGCUUCUGUGAACUGCAGCUGCAGCAACACCAGGAAAACCUGAGCAAGUGUCACGCUGGAUUCGAAUCCAAAAUCUCUGACAUGCAGCAAAUUCUCCCCCGACUGGAAAGCAUAUCUCACACUUUUUUGCCUCAACAUGCAAAUAUAUUAAGUGAAUUGCUUGUAAGGAACGCAGUAUUGAGAGGGCAAGCUGAAAUCAAGCUAGAAAGAAUGCAAAGGUGUGUUGAAAAGUACAAAAACUACAAAGAAUACAAGCAGGAGAUCUCCACUAAUUUCAAUAACUUGGAAAGGAUGUUUGCAACAUCUAUAUCUCAAAAAGCAACUUCUUACAAGGAAUCUGUAGAGCAGCUAGAAAAACUUAAGAUCUUGGUUGCAAAACUGGAUUCGAUGGAAGAUCUUGUAAAACUCAGAGCGUUAGCUUCAGAACUUCAGUGUGAAGAAUGGGACAGCUCCGGUAUCAAGCAAGAGGUCUCUGCUCUGUGGUAUGCAUGGCUCCAGCUUCAGCAGCCUGCAAAGGAGCAUCAAGUCAGCUGUGAAAAUCUCAACAAAGAAUGGAAGGCAGUCAAUGAAAACAUUGAAAGAGCUGCUGUCAUUCUGGACAAUCUACAGGAUGACCUGCCUGAAUGCUCCAAGGAGAAGGCAGCCAAAGAGGUCCUCCUUGACUUGCAGAAACAUGUGAAUCAGUAUGAAGACAGUGUUAACAAUGAGCAGUCCUCUUUGGUCUUCCUGGUGCACAAAGUGAAGGGUCUUCUGGGAGUCACGGAAAACGCUGAGGCGCCAUCCAUUCCCAUUUGUCAGGAGUUACAGGCAAUGCAAGAUCGUUAUAAAAAGUUGAAGCAGAAAGCUAUGAAGAGCCGCAGGUCAGUACACACAGAGAUCCAGGAGCGUGAGAAGGUGAAAGAUGAGAUCAGAGGGGUAAAGGAAUGGCUACUGCUUGUUGUGUCACUGCUGUCUGUCGUGGACCACACACCCAAUAUAACAGAAUUGGAGGAGGUUCAGACAGAGCUUGACGCCCAGAGGGCAGUUGUUAAAAACAUCAUGGCCAAGCUGAAAAUCAAGUACUCGAACAUGGACGCCAUCGUCCCUGCAGAGAUAGAGGCGCAGCUCCAGGAGGUGAGCAGGACUCUCCAGGAGGUGGGAGAACAGGUAGAAAAAGCUGUUGUGCAGAACAGGCAUCACCAUUUACUGCAUAACAAAAUUGAAGAUAUUACCAAUGGACUUCAAAACGUGGACAAAAUGUUGCAGCAAAAAAACCAAACAAUAAAUCAAGCCAAGGAAAUGCAAAAGCGGGUCUGGGAUGAGGUUGAUCGGUGGCAUUGCAGACUGACCUCGCUGGAGGCAGAGGUGCAGGACCUUGCUGAGCAGAACCCCAACCAGGCCCAGCAAAUGAUGGACAGUUUGAUGGAGCCACUGCAGCUCUAUCAGAGAGCAGCACAGCAGGCAGAACAGAGGACUGCUUUCCUUAGCAAGAUCACUAAUUGUCUACAAGAAUACAAUGAAAUGAUCAACAGCUCGAAUGUAUGGAUUGACGAUACUCAGGCCUGGUUAUCAAUGGAAUUCGUAUUUGAUUCUGCAAAAUCUCUGCACAAAAAUGUCAAAGCUUUACAAAUUGCAAGGGAUGAUGGGCUGCAGAGACAGAAGACUCUGCAGGGGUUUGCCCCUAUCCUUCAGGAGAUCUCCUUGGUUUGUGACACAAUGGCUUUGGAGCAACAGGGAAGCCAUGUGGACCAGAAAAUAACAGCAUUGCUGGAAGGAAUCAUGGGACCUCUUUCACAGUUACAGCAUGUGGCUACAGAACUGGAAGCCAUGGAGACUGAGGUUAAACUGAUGGAGAAAAAUGUUGCAAAAAUAAGGACCAUUUUGUCUUCCGAUGACAUGGAUGAGAUCUCUCCAGAAGAACAUCUCAGAAACCGAGAGGUUAUCCUGGAAAACAUUCAGUCAAUGAAGAAGACCAUAGCUGAGAUAAAGAACUAUGAACCCAGAGAGGCGAUCGCUUCCUUAGUGGUUUACAAAAGAGCAGAACAACUGUUGCCAGCAAUGGAGGAACUUGAGCACACGACUGUCCAGCAAAAAGCAGUGCUUCAGUCUGCGAUUGAGCAGUUGAUAGGACACAGACAGGACAUGGAAAUAGUGGUCCAGGAGGAAUAUCCAGAUGAAAUGUCCACAAGUCCUGCCGAAUACACUCAACCGCCAACUGGAUUUAGGAUUCCCCAGAUACCAGCGGAAGGAUAUUCUAUAGACAGAUUGUACUAUGAGGGACCAGACACAGGGUCUGAAGAUGGAGGCAGUACCAAGUCAUCAUCUUCUGAAACUCUGACUGGCAGCAUUCUGGAGGAACAUGAGGAAACUUUUACUGUUGAAGAUGCAACUGCUGUGGACACAGUGGAAAUGAGACCAGACAAUAAUGACAUGUGUGAAAUGCAAGCUAUUCCUCAAGAAACGACAUGCGGUGUUGUCAGUUUUGAACCUGAAGAACAUCAUACUCCAGAAGAUCUGAAUACUGAGAAUACAUCUUCAGUUCAACUGGAAAUAGAAGACAAUGAAAACAGCAGCAUGCAGCCUGUCCCUCAUGAAGAGGAACAUGAGGAAACUUUUACUGUUGAAGAUUCAACUGCUGUGGACACAGUGCAAAUGAGACCAGACAAUAAUGAAAUGUGUGAGACCCAAGCUAUUCCUCAAGAAAUGGCAUGCAGUGUUGUCAGUUUUGAACCUGAAGAACAUCAUACUCCAGAAGAUCUGAAUACUGAGAAUACAUCUUCAGUUCAACUGGAAAUAGAAGACAAUGAAACCAGCAGCAUGCAGCCUGUCCCUCAUGAAGAGGAACAUGAGGAAACUUUUACUGUUGAAGAUACAACUGUUGUGGACACAGUGCAAAUGAGACCAGACAAUAAUGACAUGUGUGAGACCCAAGCUAUUCCUCAAGAAAUGGCAUGCAGUGUUGUCAGUUUUGAACCUAAAGAACAUCAUACUCCAGAAGAUCUAAAUACUGAGAAUACAUCUUCAGUUCAACUGGAAAUAGAAGACAAUGAAACCAGCAGCAUGCAGCCUGUCCCUCAUGAAGAGGAACAUGAGGAAACUUUUACUGCUGAAGAUGCAACUGCUGUGGACACAGUGCAAAUGAGACCAGACAAUAAUGAAAUGUGUGAGACCCAAGCUAUUCCUCAAGAAAUGGCAUGCAGUGUUGUCAGUUUUGAACCUGAAGAACAUCAUACUCCAGAAAAUGUAAAUACUGAGAAUACAUCUUCAGUUCAACUGGAAAUAGAAGACAAUGAAACCAGCAGCAUGCAGCCUGUCCCUCAUGAAGAGGAACAUGAGGAAACUUUUACUGUUGAAGAUACAACUGUUGUGGACACAGUGCAAAUGAGACCAGACAAUAAUGACAUGUGUGAGACCCAAGCUAUUCCUCAAGAAAUGGCAUGCAGUGUUGUCAGUUUUGAACCUAAAGAACAUCAUACUCCAGAAGAUCUAAAUACUGAGAAUACAUCUUCAGUUCAACUGGAAAUAGAAGACAAUGAAACCAGCAGCAUGCAGCCUGUCCCUCAUGAAGAGGAACAUGAGGAAACUUUUACUGCUGAAGAUGCAACUGCUGUGGACACAGUGCAAAUGAGACCAGACAAUAAUGAAAUGUGUGAGACCCAAGCUAUUCCUCAAGAAAUGGCAUGCAGUGUUGUCAGUUUUGAACCUGAAGAACAUCAUACUCCAGAAAAUGUAAAUACUGAGAAUACAUCUUCAGUUCAACUGGAAAUAGAAGACAAUGAAACCAGCAGCAUGCAGCCUGUCCCUCAUGAAGAGGAACAUGAGGAAACUUUUACUGCUGAAGAUGCAACUGCUGUGGACACAGUGCAAAUGAGACCAGACAAUAAUGAAAUGUGUGAGACCCAAGCUAUUCCUCAAGAAACGGCAUGCAGUGUUGUCAGUUUUGAACCUGAAGAACAUCAUACUCCAGAAAAUGUAAAUACUGAGAAUACAUCUUUAGUUCAACUGGAAGCAGAAGACAAUGAAACCAGCAGCAUGCAGCCUGUCCCUCAUGAAGAGGAACAUGAGGAAACUUUUACUGCUGAAGAUGCAACUGCUGUGGACACAGUGGAAAUGAGACCAGACAAUAAUGAAAUGUGUGAGACCCAAGCUAUUCCUCAAGGAACGACAUGCGGUGUUGUCAGUUUUGAACCUGAAGAACAUCAUACUCCAGAAAAUGUAAAUACUGAGAAUACAUCUUCAGUUCAACUGGAAAUAGAAGACAAUGAAACCAGCAGCAUGCAGCCUGUCCCUCAUGAAGAGGAACAUGAGGAAACUUUUACUGCUGAAGAUGCAACUGCUGUGGACACAGUGCAAAUGAGACCAGACAAUAAUGAAAUGUGUGAGACCCAAGCUAUUCCUCAAGGAACGACAUGCGGUGUUGUCAGUUUUGAACCUGAAGAACAUCAUACUCCAGAAAAUGUAAAUACUGAGAAUAUAUCUUUAGUUCAACUGGAAGCAGAAGACAAUGAAAACAGCAGCAUGCAGCCUGUCCCUCAUGAAGAGGAACAUGAGGAAACUUUUACUGCUGAAGAUGCAACUGCUGUGGACACAGUGGAAAUGAGACCAGACAAUAAUGAAAUGUGUGAGACCCAAGCUAUUCCUCAAGAAACGACAUGCGGUGUUGUCAGUUUUGAACCUGAAGAACAUCAUACUCCAGAAGAUCUGAAUACUGAGAAUACAUCUUCAGUUCAACUGGAAGCAGAAGACAAUGAAACCAGCAGCAUGCAGCCUGUCCCUCAUGAAGAGGAACAUGAGGAAACUUUUACUGCUGAAGAUGCAACUGCUGUGGACACAGUGGAAAUGAGACCAGACAAUAAUGACAUGUGUGAGACACAAGCUAUUCCUCAAGAAAUGGCAUGCGGUGUUGUCAGUUUUGAACCUGAAGAACAUCAUACUCCAGAAGAUCUGAAUACUGAGAAUACAUCUUCAGUUCAACUGGAAGCAGAAGACAAUGAAACCAGCAGCAUGCAGCCUGUCCCUCAUGAAGAGGAACAUGAGGAAACUUUUACUGUUGAAGAUUCAACUGCUGUGGACACAGUGGAAAUGAGACCAGACAAUAAUGACAUGUGUGAGACACAAGCUAUUCCUCAAGAAAUGGCAUGCGGUGUUGUCAGUUUUGCAGGACCAGGUGAGCUGCAGCAGUUGCCAGGCAGACCUGAGCCUCACAGCAUACUCCAUGUCUGCCGGGAGCGGGCAGCCCAGCUCGAGUUUUGGCUGGAGAAAGCCACAGCGACCUUCAGGGCUGACCGGCAGGACAUGGAAAUGCAGCAGAGUGUGGCGCAGCAGCUUCUCAUGUGUCAGAGCAUGUUCCUGGAGAUCGAGCAGAAGGUAGCCUUCCUGUCAGACCUGGCCCAGCAGGAAGAGGCCUGGUGUCAGGAGGGCACGGCCAGCACACACCAGGAGGCAGAGGCUCUCUCCUCCAAGCUCGAGGGCCUCAAGUCCAGCCUGGUGAAGUUUCAGAUGCUGCUGCAGGAACGCCACAACGAGGAGCAGGAUGGCAAGCAUCCCAGUGAGACCCCCCUACAGCGCAGUGCAAGUGUGCAAGAGAUGCUGGCCUCAGCGAAGACCAAACUGAACCGUCAGGACAGCCUGCAACAGCAAAAGGAGCUGGAAAUGGAGCUGAGUGAACAGAAAGACCUAACAAAGUACUUAGCCCUGCACGGAGAGAGGAUGCUGCUGCAGAAGGAGGACGCUGACGCACAGCAACAGGCUAGUUUAAGGACCUCCGAUGAAGUUUCAAAGUCUCCCGAGGGGAUAUUCAUGAAACCGUUAACAGGAAUUGAAGCAUCAGCCCAUGAGUCUGAGGACCAAGCCAGCACAAAGUGGCAGCGCCUUCAGAAUAGGUUAUCCUCCAAACUGAAGACAUUGGAAGAAACUGCUCAUCAAGACUUGUUUUCUCAGGUAUCAAUAACAAGAAGUAGUUGUCCCAUUGCUGACAAAUUGGCAACUUACAGCAUCAGAUCACCUAAUGUGCUGGAGUUAAAAACAUAUAUAACUCAGCUGAGAGAACUCAGCCAGGAAGCCUCUGUCAUCCUGUCACAGGCCUGUCCUUCAAAAGAAUCGUGUUCUGAACUGGAUCAAAAUCUUCACAAUGUUUUGAAUGGCACUAACCUAAGCUUCAGCUGCAUUGAAGACGUGAUAUCCGGCUGUUACGAGAUGUCAAGGGAAGAUGCUAAACUGCAGCUCUCACAACUGGAGAACCUCCCAACGGAACUAGCUGAGCUGCACACUGAACUAAGCGGCUCAAAGGAGCCUUUGAUCCAGUGUGUCAGCUUCAUUGGUGGAGAGGAGGCUGUGCUGUCUGACUGCCUCAACAGUUUACAGUCCUGCCUCUGCCUGCUUCAGUCUGCUGUCUCCUCCAGAAGCACACUGCUGCAGGCCAGACUGGAUCACAUCACUGAUUAUCAGGCUGAGAUAAGACAGAUGCAUGCUUCCUUGUUUGAGAAAAGGUCUGUUUUAUUACAAGCGUUAAAUGAAGCAAGUGGCCAAAGCAUUGCUGUGCAACUGCAGGUGGCUGAACAGCUGGAGUCUACCCUGGCUCCUGAGGAGUGCCAGGUCUCAGCACUGAAGGAGCAGGGAGAGCGCCUUCACAUCCAGGCUGCUGUCAUUCAGGGGGUCUAUAAGCUGGAGGAUGUACUGGACAACACGUGGAGCACCCUGAGAGUCGCACGAGAGGAACUCAAAGAGAGCCUUACCACUGAGAUUCAGUACGAGAGCCUGUUACAGGGCCUGUCCAGCUUAGUGGACGCUGGUCACGAGAAACUCGCCCGCAACCAGCACCUUGUCCUGCCAAGCCGUACUGUGCUGAAGAACUACCUGAAGAAACAUAAGAAUUACUUCCAUAACCUUGGAAACCACCUGGCUGCUGUGGAGAGGUUCUCUAAGAAAGUACCAGUAGCUUUGGCAAGGAAGCAUGACAAGUUUUGGUUGGAUCUGGUGGAAGAAAUACGUUCUCUCCAGCAGCAAGCUCUUCAUCAUGGAAUACGGAUCCAGAGCAUGUUACAAGCCUGGACCCACUUUGACAAAAGUUCUACAGUGCUUUUAAAAGAGCUGCAGGAACUGGAAGCCAGGAUACCUACCAUAGGACUGGUGGAGGAAUCCGAAGAGAGAUUACUAGAACGACUAGCAGUCUAUCAGCAAAUUAAAGGUAGUCUGGAUGAAAAUUGCUCAAGACUCUCCCAGACACUGACAAAUGGGAAGAAGCUGUUGACGACAGUGAGCUGCACAGAACUGGAGUCCGGUCUGCGUCAGCUGGAGGAGAAGUGGCUGACUGUAAUGAAUAGAGUCGACCACGACCGUCACUGCUUAGAGACGCUAACGAAAUACUGGACAAGCUUUAGGAAGGGCUCCAUUGAGCUGAGCGUGUGGAUGAUGUCUGCAAUGGACAGACUGAGGAGCUUGAAACAGCAGUCCCUCAGUGUGCCUCAAGAUCUGGAGAAAGUUCGAGACCACCUCGGACAAUUCCUGGAGUUCAUGAAGGAAGUGGAUGCCAAGUCGUCUGUGAAGUCGUCGCUGAUCAGCACAGGGAACCAGCUGCUCCAGGUGAAGCAGACCGACACUGCCUCGCUGCAGAACCAGCUGGCUCAGUUUGAGCAGGGAUGGACGGAGGUUCUCACUCCCCUGCCAGGGAUCCAGGAGAAACUGCACCAGCUCCAGAUGGAGAAAGUGCCGUCUCGUCAGGCGAUCACAGAGCUGAAAACCUGGAUGAGCGAAAUUCAUGGGCUCCUGCGAGAAGAUGAGGAAAAGAUCAGCCGCCUGUCAACUACAGCCAGUGCAAAAGAGAUUCUUCAAAAGUACAAGGACUACAAGACAGAAAUGAACUGCAAGCAACUAAACGUGGAUUUUGUGAACCAAUCGGUGCUCCAGAUCAGCAGUCUCGACAUCCAAAGCAAACGCUACGACAUGGCAGAGUUUGCAGAGUGCCUGGGAGCCUUGAAUCUCCAGUGGCAGCUACUGCAAGGAGCACUCAGCAGCAAGAUGCGAGCUGUGGAACAUAUGCUCACGGUGUUCACAGAAAAGGAGAGAAAGAUGCAGCUCAUCAGCUGCUGGUGCAAAGCACAGGAAGAAAGGAUUCUGGGAUUUCAGACACCUGCAAGCCUCACCUCUGCUGAAAACGCACUGAAGGAUUGUCAGGAAAUUGAAGAAAAGCUGAAGAUAAAAUCAAAAGAAAUCCAAGAACUUAAGCAUUACUAUCUAUCUCCAGCUGACGACAGCAGUGAACAUCUGCACAUUGAUUUUAUUACACAAAUGGAUGAGGUCAAUGCUGACUGGACACGUUUGAACAACCAGGUUAUUCAGACAAAAGCAUCGCUCCAGUUGACUGUGCAGCAAUGGAAAGCAUUUGAUGAAACAUUCCAAGAGGUGGACUUGAAUAUAAUCAAGGCCAGGUACACACUGGAGCUCAGUCAUUUCCCUGUGCUGUCUUUCGAAGCUCUGAAAAGUCAGGUGGAAAAAUUGAAGUCUCUGCUGGAAGAUGCUGAGAAGAAUGAAGAGAGUUGGAAUGCACUCAGCAGUGUUUUCACCACCCUUAAAACCAUGUGCAGCCCCACAGCAGUUAAGCUGAUCACUGAAAACUUAGAAGAUGCACGUACAAGAUGGACUGCAGUAAAUCAAGAUUCCUCAGAUGAGCUCCGAAAGGCUCAGAGUUUAUAUCAGCUUUGGCAGAAGUACAGGAAUCUCUUCAUUGACAGCACCUUGCUGCUCAAGACACACGAAGAGGAGUGCAGUAAGCUUUUAAGCGCCGUCCCUUCAGAGGAAAGCACAGUGGAUUUCAUGCAGAGAAAAAUAGACACUAUUAAUAAACUCGUGAAUGAGACAGAAAACAUGCAAAGCAUCAUAGCCCCGGUGUCGGAGGCUUCGAAAGAACUAAUCCAACAGGUGGAUCCCUCAGCAGCUAUAUUGAUUGAAUCUGAAGUAACAAACCUGUCCAGCAGACUGGCGCAUUUGGGGAAGCUUCUGGCAAUUAAGCUGUUUGAGCGUCAGGAUGAACUCAAGCAACUUGAAGAGUUCAACAGAUGCUUGGCAUCACUGGAACAUCACUUGAAAGACUCUGAAGGAAUUGUGGCAAACACCAAGGACCCAAACAUCAGUGACCCAAGCACUAUGGACCAGUCCAGGACGCGUAUGCUAAAACUGUAUGCCAUUACCCCUGACCUGGAGUACUUGAAUGACCUCAGCUACAAGAUCCCUCUGAAUGAUGUGAACAUCAAGAGAGUGCAAACCUUGAACAGACUGUGGGCUCAGGCCUCAUCCCGGGCUCUGGAGAGAUGCAGUGAACUACAGGGAGUCCUCCUAGACAAGCAGAACUUUGUCCAGAAAUGUGAGAACUGGAUGAGGUUCUUGGAGAAGAUGGAAGACAGCUUGGCAGUGGAUAUUGCUGGUUGCUAUGUGGGCCUUAAGGAACAACAGAGAAUUCAUGAGUUGUUCCAAGCUGAAGUAUCAAUUGGUCAUCAAAUAUUGCAUUCAGUCAUCAAUGAGGGACGACACCUGCUUGAACGAGGGGAGGUGGAAGACAGGAGUGAGUUUAUCUUGAAGUUAAGCUUGCUUAAAGAGCAGUGGCAGGGUGCAAUACGCAGAGCUCAGCAGAGGAAAGGUGUCAUUGAGGGGCUUGUGAGGCAGUGGCACCACUACCAGGACUCCUUGAAAAAGCUGAAGACGUUCCUGUCUGACACUGCAAACCACCUGGAUCUCAGUAACAGCCAGGCCCACCACGGGCUUCACCAGACAAGGAGGGAGGUUGAAGAUAUUAAGCACAAAGAGAUGCUUUUCCAACGCCACCGGUGCAGCUAUAUCCUGACCCUGGAGACAGGCAAGCAGAUCUUCUCCAUGGCAAACCCUGAGACCGAGACCCUGUUGCAGGAGGAACUGUGUGAGCUGCAGGAGAGCUGGGAACACACGGAAACCCUGCUGAAAGAGAAGCAGCAGCUAAUGAACACUUCUCUGGAGAGCUGGGAGAAUUGUGAAAACAAAAUAAAUGAAUUUGGACGCAGACUUCAAGACAUCAAAAUUAAAGUGUCUGACCCACUUCCACAAGUGCAUGAAGAGUUACAAGCAACAGAAAAACAAACUAAGGAGGCAGAGGAAUCAUUAGAAGACUGGACUCGAAGCCUCGCAGAGCUGUCCACCAUGAAGACAGACCUGUCCCAGUAUAUUAUCACAGAUGAUGUGGUGAUUCUGCAAGAACAGAUCCAACAUUUACACAGCCAAUGGGAUGAACUCUGUUUAAAAGUGUCUCUGAGGAAGCAGGAGAUAGCUGACAGGCUUAACGCAUGGAUCAUCUUCAAUGAAAAGAACAAAGAGCUUUGCGAAUGGCUGACACAGAUGGAAAACAAAGUAUCACACAAUGCCGAGCUCAGCAUUGAAGAAAUGGUAGAGAAGUUGAAGAAGGACUGCAUGGAAGAAAUCAAUCUUUUCAGUGAAAACAAAACUCAUCUGAAGAUACUGGGCGAGCAGCUGCUCAACGCCAGCAAUAAAACUAAGGAGACAGAAAUAAAUGAAAAGUUGAAGGAUAUCAACGACCGCUGGCAGCAUCUGUUUGACCACAUCGAGGCAAGGGUGAAGAAACUGAAGGAGACCCAGGUGACGGUCCAGCAGCUGGAUAAGAACAUGAGUAACCUCCGAACAUGGCUGUCUCACAUUGAGGCUGAGCUCUCCAAGCCUGUGGUUUACAACAUCUGCGAUAACGACGAAAUCCAGAAGAAACUGUCCGAGCAGCAGGAUCUGCAGCGUGAUAUUGAGCAGCACACAGACGGCGUGGCGACUGUGAUUAACCUGUGCGAUGUCCUCUUGCACGACUCGGAUGCCUGUACCACUGAAACCGAAUGUGACUCCAUCCAACAGACAACCGCGAGCCUGGACAGGCGGUGGAGGAAUAUCUGCGCCAUGUCAAUGGAGAGAAGAAUGAAGAUUGAAGAAACCUGCCGGCUUUGGUCCAAGUUUCUGGAUGAUUAUUCUCGUUUUGAAGACUGGCUGAAAACAGCUGAGAGAACUGCUGCCUGCCCCAACUCUGCCGAGGUUUUAUACACUAGUGCAAAAGAAGAGCUGAAGAAAUUUGAGGCGUUUCAGAGACAGGUUCACGAGAGGCUUACCCAGCUGGAGCUGGUGAACAAACAGUACCGACGACUGGCUCGGGAGAACCGCACCGACACGGCCAGCCGGCUAAAGCUCAUGGUCCACGAGGGAAACCAAAGAUGGGACAAUCUCCAGAAAAGAGUAGCUGCCAUUCUGAGAAGACUGAAGUACUUUACCUCUCAGCGGGAGGAGUUUGAAGGAACGCGGGACGGCAUCCUUGUGUGGCUGACUGAGAUGGACCUGCAGCUGACCAACGUUGAGCACUUCUCAGAGAGCGACAUCGAGGACAAGAUGAGGCAGCUGGACGGAUUUCAGCAGGAGAUCACUCUGAACACCAAUAAGAUCGACCAGCUGAUUGUGUUCGGGGAGAACCUGAUACAGAAGAGCCAGCCGCUGGAUGCCGUGCUGAUCGAGGAUGAGCUCGAGGAACUUCACUCCUACUGCCAGGAAGUGUUUGGGAGAGUUGCUCGCUUCCACCACAGGCUCAUCAACAAGGGCCCUGUCUCUGAAGAUGAAAAGGAGUCCUCUGACAGGGACACAGACCUUGAAGACUCGGCAGAGCUGCAGGGUAUCGGCUGGCAGGAGAAGAUGGGGCAUGAGGUCUCUCCCUCUUGCCAGUCCAUGUGUCAGCUGAUGCCCCCAACGCCUGGACAGGAGCGGUCCGGCCGCGAGACCCCCAUCAGCGUGGACUCCAUCCCGCUGGAGUGGGACCACACCGUCGACGUGGGGGGCUCUUCAUCCCACGAAGACGAGGAAGAGCCAGUUUACUACAGCGCACUGUCAGACGUAGAAAUCGCUGAAAAUCCAGAGUCCUUUGUUAAAAUGACUUCCAAAACAUUGAAAGCAACUUCUGUAAAAAGCCCCUCUGAGCCUCCGAGCUGGCACUCGCCUGAUCACCAGGACAGCAGGAAGCAGAGAAUCCAGACCGAGAUCAUUCGGAACCUCUCCUCCACCUCCCCAACCACUAGCACCCCUUACAAACUGGGAUAUGUUAAGUUGAUGUCUGAGUGCAGUGGCAGCAUCGAUAGUGUAAAACGGGUCAAACUGAUACUGAACGAUGAGGAGCAACUGGAAGAGCAAGGGCUUGUGGGUCUGACCACUGCGGAGAAACAGUCGGGUGUUAUUGAGCGCUGGGAGCUGAUUCAAGCCCAGGGCCUCAGCAACAAACUGAGGAAGAAGCAGAAUCUACAGCAGUGGCAGCAGCUCAACUCUGACCUUCAUGACAUCACUUCCUGGAUGAAACAAAUUGAGCCUGAACUGGACGAGCUACAGAAACUAGAGUCUUCAACAAGCAUUCAGGAUAUAGAAGGCAACAUAAAGAAACUCAAAGAAAUUCAGAAGGCUUUUGAUAACUACAAGUCUGUAGUCAUCUCCCUCAAUCUGAUCAGCAAAGACUUUCAGCAAGCAGACAGUGACGAAUCUCAGGAGCUGCAUGGCAGGCUGGGACUAAUGAACCAGAGCUGGGUGCAAGCCUGCAAUAAACUGGACUGCUGGAAAGAAGGAUUGCAGACUGCACUCAUGCAGUGUCAGGACUUCCAUGAAACCACGCAUGAUCUGCUGCUGUGGCUGGCACAUGCAGUGAGCAGAAGGUACACAGUUGAUCUCGCUGAUUCCAAUAUCAAGUCCUGCGUUCUUCAGGAACAUCAAAAAACACUAAUGCAGCUGGAGGGUGACUUGCUGGAAAAGCAGUUGCAGGUCAGCUCACUGCAGGAGAUCUCUACCCAUCUUCUGGUAAAAGCCGACGAGGAAGACCAUAUAGAAGCCAAAGAAAAAGUGCAUGUCAUUGAAAACAAGCUGAAGCUGCUUCUGCGGGAGGUUUCCCAGGAUAUGCAGACGAUUCAGAAGAAGCUGGAUACAUGCUCUUCCUUUGCAUCACUGGAUGAAGUAGACUGCAGCGAUAUUGCAAUGACCAACACUCCACUUUCCCAAAUCAAGGAGGCAAGUGAAGAAAAAAUAACAGCAACCAAGGCCUCCACGAAUACCAGGCCUGGGAGACGAGAGUCCUCCCCACCACGCUCCUUCUUUUACCGCGUGCUGCGGGCAGCCUUCCCCCUCCAGGUUCUCUUCCUCCUUCUCCUGGUACUUGCAUGUCUGGUGCCACUCACUGAGGAAGACUACAGCUGUUCCCUGUCAAACAACUUUGCAAGGUCCUUCUACCCCAUGCUGAGAUACACCAAUGGACCCCCUCCCACUUGAGGGGGAGAGCAUCUAGAAAAUGAUUUCACAAAGCACCUUGGAUUCCCGCACUGCUGAAAACACUGUAAACAGUGAUUACUGUACCAUAUACCCUCAGUAUGGAAUCGGUCACUCCUUAAAGAGUACACCGAGUCCUCCAGCUACUGAAAAGUAGCCUCUCACACAUGUGCAUUGUGCUUAGGAAGACAGCCUAUAUUUAAAAAGAAAUUGUACAUAACUGCAUAUUCAUGAUGCAAUGAAUGUCAGUGUUUUUAAGUUUAUUUUAAAGUAUUACGAGAAAUUGUCUCAUUGUUUAAUAUUUGGGAGUGAUGCUUGAUUUAAGAUGUCCUCCAAAGGCUGUAUGGAUAUUUACAAAAAAUACAUAUAUUUUUCAGAAAUGUAAAUAAAAAAAAAAGAAUAUCCAAAGUAUUUUUCAAAGCUCACAGAAGCCCCUAUUUACUGUAUAUCAGCAUGGACAUGCACUAUCUACAACGAAAUGUGGAAAGCAGAGAAAUUAAGAAAUUACAUUUUUUUAUAAACACUAGGGGGUAGGGGGGCAUCUUUUCAGAAAAGGCUUUAUUAAUGAAAGUAGCUGGUAUGUGUCCAGGGCAGUUUUAAUUUAUUUUUACCCUUGUAUCAAUGUCUGACGCUUUUCAACACCCACCUUUAGCAGUUUCUGGUGUGUAUUAAAGAAACGAUGUAUCUACCACCAUUGGUUUAAUUGUUUUUAACUUGAUGGAACCAAGAACACAUAAUGGAACAUGUGCAUUUCUAUCACGGUUCGCUGAAGAGUCUCUAGUUGUAGUUUCUACAAGUAUUUGUAUCCAGUCUAUUUUUGCAUGAGGUGUCAUACACUGUACCCAUUUCUGCCAUUCACUGGGUUUUAGUUUAAAGAUAACAUGUACAAAAAUGUAAUAAUAAUAAUGUUUGCUAGAUGCUGAAUGUUGUACAGUGUUUUGGAAAUUGUGUUAUCAUGUGUGACAACUACUGUAAUGGGGUGGGGGGUCAGGGACAUAUAGAAAGUAAUGGUGUGGACAGUAUUUGAUUAUAUUUUAAAGAAACUAUUUGUGGGAUGUACAGUGUAAACCUCUUUACUGUCAAUAAACCAACUUUUGGCCAUGUUCAUCAAACAAACAGGAA